UUCUUUACCCUUUUUUGCCAUAUUAUUGUUUAUUAUUAUUGUUCAUUAUUUAAUAUACUCCAAUUUGUGUGAACUUGAAUUGUGAAGAUAUGUCAAUUUCGAAAAUAAAAUUUGCUCUUUGUUUAUUUUCAUUGCUAUUAGACCUUUUAAAGAAAAAAGAAUUUUGAUGAAAAGGAUAUGACAACAAAUAAUGAAAAGGAUCCAUUAAAUCUAGACAAUAUUCUCAUUGUGCGAAAAAUCCCUGAAGUUAAAGAAAUUACAGAUCCUGAAGACUCUGACUCUUCUGAGACAAGUGAAAAUUUUGAAAGAGAUAUAAAAAGAGAACUUCAAGCUCUACAUGCGGAUGAAAGGGGAAGACUUGCUCUUAUUAAUGAAUUAGCUGAAAUCAAAAAAUCACGUGAGAAGCAAUGUGAAGCUCAGAGAAGGCGUCAAAAAGUGCUUGAAAUGGAAAAACAGCGCUCAAAGCAUAUUGCUGGUCUUCCACCCCCUCUUCCAGCUUCUAUAAGAUCUUUACUGAAAGAGAGAGACAAGAAAAACUGUGAAUGUAAGGAGAUGAAUGAGUGUCAGGAGUCUGAGCAACCCUUUGUUGGAGUGCAAGGGACUGCCUUUGGAACUAAAAGAGACUAUAAUUUGGCUUAUGACUUUGAUAAUAAAGAAAAUUUUUUGACUGAGGAGGAAAGAGAAGAAAGAGAGCGCAUACAAGCAGAAAAUGAUAUGAAAGCAAGAAAGCGAUACAAUGAUGCUCUGAAAAAAGAUCGUAUGAAACAAGAAUGUGAUGAAGCACUAAGACAGAUCCAAAACGCUGAGCUGGCAAACAGGCGUCUACAAGCAAAACAUAUUUCUUCCAAAGGAGGCAUUGUACCUUGUUCUGCACCUGACAAACUAAAACAUGGUGAAGAACAGGUGAGAAUGGAAGAUGCGGUUGAAACUAUUUAUAAAAAUAACCCAAAAGAACACGCCAUUGAAGAUUUAGAAGGAUAUGAAGAUCAGUGGGAGCAAAAAUAUAGAGAAGUUGAUUCAAACAGACUGGUUGAUUGCAUUCCACGAUACGUGAGAGAUAACUACUCUUAUUUGUUGGAAGAUGAGUCUGCAUUCCGCUGUGGUAAUCGUUUUUCAGGCUUUGAUGAUAGCUAUGAUCAACUAAAUACAGCAUAUAUUGCUUCACCACCUGCUACUGGUGGUACUGCUGAUGGAAUUGCUUCUAGUGAAGAGCUACAGACUAUUAUAAAUGAACUGGAUAAAAUGAGGGCUGAAAGAAAGGAACUGUAUGAAGCAGAAUUUAUGCACUUUCUUGAAGAAAGCCAAAAUCAAGUAAAGCCUACUGUAGCAGAUAAAGCUAUUGAAGUUCAAACUCUAAAACAACCAACUGAAGAUAAAAGUGUAGAAAUUUGUAAUAUACCCUUGCAGGAAGACAAACCAUCAACAUCAGUGAGUGUUCAAGUGGAUCUCUUAAGGGGUGGAAUUAUGGAUUUUCAAAGAAGGAAUUUAGGGUCCAAACUUAUGUCGCAUGAAAACGGUUUGGGCAAGUACUCGGUGGAUCGUGAACGGACUCUGUUGGAAAACAAUCAAUCAAGUUCUCACUCAGAAAACUGGUCUUCAACUAGUUACUUUUCUCUUCCUUCUAAUCAUGGUAUGCCAAGUUUAUCUAGACCCAGAGAUCCUCUUUAUGCUACCACUUCUACUAAGGUGCUUACACCCCCUAAAGAUUGCAUUCCUUUAUCAAAAGCACCUAUAGAAUUGGACACCACCUCAAAACCUGAUGCUGUACUAUUCCCAAAGGAAAAGGUAUCUCCCACUAAAAAGUUGGACCAAACGAAAGUCUCGCCCACGACCGAGAAACCAGAUGGGCGGCAGAUUCUUGACCAAUCAUUGAGAAAAUCGAAACUUGCUUAUUAUGUCAAAAAAGUAGCUGAUAAAUACCUAGAAAAUAAUUACAUAAAAGCAUCUACACCAUGUACUUCUCGUGAUGUUGAUGACGCAGUGACUAGAAGUGACCGACUGAGCUCCUCUUUUUAUCAGAAGAGAAUGGAAGAAGCAAAAGCAAGUUCAUCUGCUGGGAUAUCACAAGAAGAAAGUCCAAAACUUCUUGAUCGAUCUUCUUUUGAGGGCUCAGUGAGUUUAGAAUCAUCAUCACCAGAAAAUCCUAGAGUGCCUAUGUCUCUUUACUGGGGUGGACUGCCAUAUCAGAGAGAAGAAAAUAGUGUAAAAACUGACCAAGAAUUUUAUUUUAAAUCUACAAAUGUCAUUACACCUCCCACGAAAGCUGCAAAUGACAAAGUAUCCCGUGAUCCCCAUAGGUUUCGUGAUUUAAGUACAAUUCUUGAAAUCGAUUCGGCUUAUACGAACGAUACAGUUCCUUCUUUUAUUGACCUGAGUUCAUCUUUCAAAAAGUUGAGUACAGGUGGCAGAGAUCGCGUUCGAGAUAGAAAAUGUCCUGAAGAUAUGGAUGUUUCACCUGUCAGUCUCCUAGAGCCACCCUCUUCCAAAAUAUCGGAAUUAGCUAAGAGUAUAAAAUUUGUUUCAGAUACAACUGAUUCAAAAAGAAUCAGAGAGUCAUUACCCAUAGUUUCUGGAACUCUUGAAGAUCUUCAAACUCCUAAAUCGAAUAUAGAAACAUCAACUCCGAGGCAUCCACCAUCUUUAACACGGAUUGGUAGAGAAUUACAUGAGCACAGAACUAUAACAACUGAAUCUGGCAUGUCAUCACUUCUCGCGGCUUCUCAGAGAACACCUUACUCGUCUAGUUUUCAAGAUUCCUAUAGAAGACCUCCAUAUUUGACUGAUGUAGACACUCUGCCAAAAUAUUUCGAAGAUGUAAGCACUGUGAAACAAAGUAAUAGAUUUAUAAAAUACCAUGGUGGCUUUGAAAUGACACCUUUUAAGUCAAGCUAUAUGGACGCUCCAUCAUUUCCCCCUAAACUUCCAAUUGAAGAUAAAGAAAUAGCUCCCAAAAACCAUGGCUCCAAGCAAGUCGUUUCACCUGAUAGCAGUGGUGGAAGUUUCAAACCUGCCUCACCUUACAUAUCUUCAAGUCAUUCUCCUCGAGAUGGCAUUCUUGAUAAAGUAGAUGCAUUAUUGGAAAAACAAUAUGAAAGCAGUAGUGGGAGUUUCAAGGCACCUCGCUCCUAUAUAUCUUCAUCCACACAGUCUCCUCAAGAGGACAAAGUUGCCAUGUCACGUGAAAAAUAUGCUCAUAAAAAAUUGACUCAUGCAUGCGAUCAAAACAUAUCAGACAGUUCAAGUAGUAUGAAGCCCCCCACACACUUCUCUUAUUCAUCUAGCAAUGAGCAAAGCAGUCAUUCACAAGAAAGAAUUGUUCCGAGACCCAUUCCUGAUUCAUCAAAAAAGCUUCAAAGAAGGAUCCCAUCUGGCACAGUGACAGAGGAAGAUAGUGCUGAAAGUUUUACUAAUAUCACACCUGGGUCUUACAUAUCUAGCCCUGCAACUUCUGGACCACAUAGUCCUUUUAAAUCUAGAGGUGGUGAAGUUAUGGAUGAAAAUAUUAAAUAUCAGCAUGAGUCAAUUUAUUCAGAGGAUUCCAGUGAGACAUUUAAGAGCCCGGAGUAUCCAAGAUCGGGUAAUCUUAACACUCGCAUUUCAGUACCCUUGUUAGAAGAAACCCUUUCCCUCCAUUCUUUACAUUCUAAUAACAGUUCUGCCUCAUCUAAAAGUAGCCUUUUAGACCCACUUUUGAAUGUACUUCAUAAAUUUCGUGUGACAACUGAUGCAAAAUAUCUGUUUUCUGACUUAAAUCCUGAUAUGGAAUCGCCAAGUGAUCCACAUUAUUUUCAGUACAAUUUUUCAAUGGGUGAUGGGUCUCAUUUUAAACAGAAUCAGAUAGGGGAAAUUAUAGCUGAUGCAGCACGUAAUGCGAAUAAACUUACUUUCGCUAAAAGUGGUUUGGUUGAAAAAGAAAACCAUGCCCAGAAAUCAACGGAGGUAGUAUCACAAGAUUGUGCAAAAAGUUGUGGUUCGGGUUUUUUUGUGCCCCAGCUCCAUGAAAAAGAUUUGCAAUCGGUUGAAAAUAGUGAAGCAAACUCAUACAAAAUUAAGUCGUCUCAGUCUGAAGGAUUUGAUGCACAACUGAGACAUAACAAUUAUUUGGAUUCUAAAGAUAAAAAAAGUACAAAAUUUCUGUUGAACUCAAAAAAUGCUGCUGAGUUAUGUAUUGAAGAUAAAAUUGCAGUAAACAGAGCUUUUGAAGAUGGUGCCAAAAAGUGUGGUUCAGAUUUUUUUGUACCACAGCUUGAAGGAAUAGAAAUACAUUUAGAUGCACCUUGUAAUAAAAACCGUGGGAAAAUUAUGGCUGUACCUUGCCAGUCUGCUGAAUUUGUUCCAAAACUGUCACCUGGUGACUUUCCAGAUUCUAAAAUUGCUGAAAGCACAAGCCCAAAUUCCAAAAAUGUGGUAUCAAAUGGAAAGGAUUGUCAUUUGAGUAACUGCAAUGGAUCUAAAAAUAAAUUAGAGACAUUAGUUUUGACUUUGAAUGAUAAAUUUCACUACCCAACCAGAAAUAAUUCAUCUGCUGAUAAAACUAAAGAGAAUUUGUCAUCAAAAAUUCUUAAAAACAUUAUUCAACAUCACGUUAUUCCUAUCAGUUACAACUCAAGUUACCAGUCAACUGCAAGAAAAACAUUUGAAGAAAUAACUGAAGAGACUGGAAUAAUGGAAGAACCUGAACUCACCCUUAUGAAAUCUGAAAUGACGCUUAGAUUAGAAUCUCCUGAAAAAGAAAAAUUGUGUUUCGGUCAGAAGCGAAUCCUAGAAUCUGUCGAAGAACACCCAGAAUCACUGACAGAGCACAUUGGAACUCCAGAACAAGUAUUUUUCUCUGGUCCUGUUUACAGUGAUUCACCAUCUCUCAUUUCGUUUAUGAGGCACGAGAUUAGUUGUUUGUCUGAUGAUACGUUAGAAGCAUCUCCUAUGCCUCAAACACCAGAGACUGCAUCAAUACCUUUAAAAAGUGCUGAAAGGAAAGUUAAACUUCCCUGUAAGAAAACACCUGGUAAAGAAUAUAAAGCUCGAACCAAACGUCUUUAUAAUAAUCUUGAAGAAGUUAAAAGUCGUAAGGGACUAGAAGAAAGGAAAGACCAAAUGAUGAAAAAUAGACAGAAAAUGAAAGAAUAUGCAAAAAAACUACCCGCACCUACAAAGAAAAUGCCAACUGUUAAGAAGAGAGACUGAUCGAGACCAUGUCUUUAUAGAAUAUAGAAUUUUUAAUUAAUACUUAUAUUGCACUGUUUACAAAAUUUUUUACACAAUUUAAAUUUUACCAUUCCAUUGACUGUGAUUUGUAUUGAAAAAAAUGCAUAAAUUUUUUAUAUUUAAAUUCUUUGAAGGAAUUGAAUUGUAAAAAUUUCUUAUUUAUUAUAUUGUCUAGUCAUACACUUAAUUAACUUAUAAUGGCUGCUAUAUUUUAACGAUGCAAUUUGACGUACCUUUCCCAAUAUUUUCAGAGUUUUCAAUAGACUUUUUAUAUUCAGUAAUAAGAUGGUGGCAGUUAUAUUUUGUGUUAUUCAUAUUGAUGAACUCUUAUUGGAAAUGUCUUUUAUAUUAUUAGUUUAGUUGUGAUAUAUAUUCAUUAGAUAAAAUUGUUUAAAUUGUGUAUUUUUUUCUUCUUUUUUUUGUUAUAUUAAAUUUACAGUGUUGAUUAAAUAAAAAAAAAUUAUAAAUUGCUUUUCAAAGUUAAUUUAUUUGCUUGAUAUAUUUUGUAUUGAAUGAAGCCAAAUUGAAAUGGAAUAUUUUAUGCUGAGUAAAAAAAUUGUUUAGAAUUUACUGUUAGUAUUUUUGAAAUUUUUGUAUGAAUUUCAUAAAUUUUAUUCUCAUAUUAAUUUUCAUGUACAUUAAAAUUAGUUGGUUUGAAUAAUUUUUUUUUUUAAUUGAAUUCCUGAAAAUUUUUUUAAAGUUUUAAUGUUGACAUUGUUUUAAAAAUAGUCCAUAUAUUGCUAAGCCAGGUUUUUAUUGAUACUGAAAUAAUAAUGAAAUGAUAUAAAAAAUAAGUUUGUGAAUUUUUCGUUAUUAAAAAUUUAGACAUUUAAAAAAAAACUUUCACAUAGCUACUGGUAUCGCUAGUGUUUGCAUUGUUGAUUAAAUAAAAAAAAUUUAUAAAUUGCUUUUCAAAGUUAAUUUAUUUGCUUGAUAUAUUUUGUACUGAAUGAAGCCAAAUAAACAUUGAAAAUUUUAUGUUAAGUAAAAAAUAGCUUAGAAUUUACUGUUAGUAUUUUCAAAAUUUUUGUAUGUAUAUUUCAUAAAUUUUAUUCUCUUAUUAAUUUUCAUGUACAUUAAAAUUAGUUGGUUUGAAUCAUUGUUUUAAAUUGAAUUCCUGAGAAAAAUUUUAAUGUUAACAUUGUUUUAAAAAGAAUCCAUAUAUUGUUAAGCCAGUUUUUUAUAGAUAUUGAAAUAAUAAUAAAAAUGAUAUAAAAAAUUA